AUGGCACCGAGCGCAACUACAACAGGGGAGCCUUCGCGCCGAAGGAUCAUCAAUAUUAAUCCUGAAACCAUCACCAACAUCCCCUCCACAGACUUCCCUGGACAUUGGCCUGGUGAAUCGCAUGAAUGGUCCAUAGAGAAAUUUCAGAAUAAUUUCCGAGUCGACUUUCACAAAAACGAGACAUAUGAUGCCUCCUUCUCCCUCGUCGGCCUUGAUGCCUCCGUCGCAAACGCCUUUCGCCGUAUCCUCAUUGCUGAAGUUCCCACCCUCGCUAUUGAAUUCGUAUACAUUUUGAAUAACACAUCCGUCAUCCAAGACGAAGUCCUCGCCUCCCGUCUCGGUCUCAUCCCGCUGAAAGGUUCGAUAGAAGGUCUCAACUGGAUGCAAUGGUUCAAAAAGGCCACAGAGGAGGACCCCUCAAGCAGCGAGCCCAGCGACUUCAACACCGUCGUGUUAAAUCUCAACAUUGAAUGCACCGUGAACGAAAAAGCCCCACCGGGAGAAGAGGACCCCCGCAUCCGCUACCAUAACGCUCAUGUCUACGCAAGUGACAUUACAUUCGAUCCAAAGGGCCGUCAAGAACAUUAUUUUAGCGGCGAGGGCGAAAUCAAGCCGGUCAACCCCGACAUUCUCAUCGCUAAAUUGAGACCAGGACAAGUCAUUGAGCUCGAGAUGCAUUGUAUAAAGGGUAUUGGCGCCGAUCAUGCUAAAUUCUCUCCCGUCGCAACGGCAACAUACCGUCUCCUUCCCGAAAUCCGUAUCAUGCGUCCCAUUAUCGGCGAAGACGCAAGGAAAUUCGCCAAAUGUUUCCCUAAGGGCGUCAUUGGCUUUGAAAAAAUCACUCCCGCUGAAGCUGCACAGAAGGGUAGUGGAUACGAAGGUCACGCGGGGGAAGACAAAGCUGUGGUCGUGGAUCCUUUCAAAGACACCGUUAGCAGAGAAUGUCUCCGCCACGACGAAUUCAAGGAUAAAGUCAAACUGGGUCGUGUUCGGGAUCACUUCAUUUUCAACGUCGAGAGUACUGGCCAGUUCCCCAGUGACACCCUUUUCUUGGAAAGUGUAAAGGUCUUGAAGCUCAAAUGCGUACGGCUGAAACGAGACUUAAACAAGUUGGUGCAAUAA